GGGGCGCUUCCGCGUCUGCUGGCUGCAUCUCGCACGCUACACCAACCAACCCAUUUCGAAUCACUUUUUCGCAACUCGUCGACGGCGACGCGACUGCCCGACGGGUACACGGGUAUUGCCCGCGACUCGACUCGACUCGACUCGACCUCGCGAGCCCGAAACAAACGACGACCGACGACUGUCCAACCCCGACCGGCCGGCCGCCGUCUUCUACUACUACUUGAUAAAUUUGCCACGACACUUAGCAAUAGCCUUCCAUCUCCCCCCGUGUCCGCGUCGUCGUCGAGUUCAGUGUCAUUGGAAAGCGAACGAUCCGCGCCCCUUCCUUACCACCCCACACGGCAUGUCGUCCCGCGGCAAGUCCUCGGCCGGUGCCGCCGACUCGGCCAAGACGGCGACCAAGCGGCUCAUCAAAGAGCUCGACGUGUGGCGCAAGGAGCAGCGUGAGGAGCAGGGCAUCGAGCGCCUCGGGCCCGUCUCCGAGGACAACCUGCUCGAGUGGGAGGCCGUCAUCAACGGGCGCGGCAUCGGCUGCGGCUACGACGCCGGCCGCUGGCUCCUCAGCAUCUCCGUCCCCGCCGCCUACCCUCUGCAGCCGCCCAAGAUGCGCUUCGCCACCCCCGUCGUGCACCCCAACAUUGCGCUCGCGACGGGCGAGAUCUGCCUCGACCUGCUCAAGGACGCGUGGACGCCCGCCUACAGCGUGCUCGAGUGCGUGCGCGCCGUCCGCAUGCUCCUCGGCUGCCCCGAGACCGACUCCCCCCUCAACGUCGAUGUCGCCGCCCUGCUGCGUCAGGGCGACAUCCUGGGCACGCGCAAGCUCGUCGAGUGCUGGUGCGCGGACGACGGCGGCCGGUAUGAUGGGCCUUGAGCAGAGAGAGAGAGAGAGAGAGAGAGGUGGACCACCAGUGAUGGCCCAGGUCGGAUGGGAGGGGAGGCAAGGAGGAGGGGAAAGUUUGACGGGAUCCUAGCGAGGACCGAGGACCGACCGAGCAGGCGUGGGACCAUGCCAGCGCAUACUGGCAGUGGACUGGGAAAGGAGCAGGGACAGAAUGAUAUUUACAUGGACCCCCAGGGCUUGGAGAGACGGCGUUGCCUCAACACACUGCUUUUAAAAUCUAUGCGGUUUGGCGAGUUUGCAUACCCAACACCUACUAUACCAAGCGAAUCGCGUGGCCGUUCGUCAUGUCUACUUGGAGAAGGAUGCAAGGAGAAUGAAAUAUGCUGAAACAGAAUCCUGUGCAAAAACACAUGAGAUUUUUGAAGUAGCUG